AUUUUUAUAACAUUUAAUUUAAUGUUAAAUCAAUAAUUAAUCAUUGUCCCGUGCAGUUAAACGCCAUUCUGUGCUGUUGUUAAGUGAAUUUGCUGCGUCCCUGGUCAGCUUUUAGUUGUUUACACUGCACGGAGCGAAAAGCGAAACAAAAUAUUUUUUGUUGUAAAUAGCAACAUGAAGCUGGACAAUUUUCAACUGAUCGCUGAGGUACGACAACGCCGAGUGCUAUGGGAUACAACAGUCUCAUUAACAUUGCGAAAGGAUCACUUUAGCCCGCAAUGGCAAGAAGUCGCAUAUAUAAUGCAACACGACGUCUCCGAUUGCAGGAAGCGAUUCAAGGCUCUGCGCGACAACUACCGGUCAGAGGUACGGAAAAUACAAAAGGGACUCAACAAACAUUCACACUGGCCAUAUUUUCGUGCGCUGGAAUUUAUGCGUGAAAUCUUUGAUCCCAACAAAAUUGUGCCGUUUUCACCAGAGCCAUACCAUAUUGAAAUAGACUACCACAGUACCAGUACUGAACAGGAAAGGCAGGAUGACUUUAUAAUUGACGUAGACGAUGAUUCUUGUGAUUUUGAAAUACUGGGUGACAUAUUUAAGCGCGAUCCAGCUGAGUCGACUCAAGACACUGAAUCCAAAAUAAGCAAUGAGCAUCAGAACCCAUCACCUUCUUUACUUUCACCUAUGAUGCCUAAAGCUGUGCCUGCAAAGCGCACAAAACGCCGUCGCACAUCAUCCUCAGUGGAUGGAAUUUAUCAAAAUGGGCACACCACCACUAAUUCUACACCUGCAUCGGAGCCAACGGCCAAAGAUGAUCCAGACUAUAAUUUUCUUAUCAGUUUGUUGCCACAUGUGAAAACUUUAUCCAGCAUGAACAACAUGAAAUUUCGCACAGAGGUCAGCCGCAUGUUGAUGGAUCUGAACCAGCAAGAAAUUCGGGCCGUUGAGAGCCCCAAAACUGUAAACACUCCCAGACUAACACCCGCUCCAGCCAGUUACCAACCGGAACCAAAUAAACUUGGUUCACGUGGCUCUCUGAAUGGGAGCUCAAAUAUUUUACAUAGUUCACUGGUAGAAUGUGAUGUUAAAAUAGAAAAUGAGCCAUUGUAUUAGAAAACGAUAGAUACAUUAAUCUAAGUUAAAAGUGCACAACGAAUUGUAAUAAUUGGCUACAUCCCAAAUUUUUCGAUCUUCACCUUAAUUCUAGAAAAUUUAUUUCACCAAAAAUAAAAAAAAAAUAUGU